UGUGCUGUACCCGCAGACCUGAAGUUGGGCAAAAGAAGCGGAGAGAGAGGUAAGCUGGACUAAAUCGCCCUUGCCCGCACGCCCCUUGGCCCACCGCCUGGGCUCGUCUCGCCCGCGACCGAUCUCCUCCAUCCGCUCGCCGCGCCGCAACCCGGAGAGGAGACUGCGCUCGAUCGAGCACCACCUGGGGCCCAGCAUCCUCACGACCAUCUCCGGCACGGCGUCCGCCCUCUGCAGCUCCGGUGUCCCUGCGACCGUCGCUGCUGUCCUACUUCGCCACUGGCCACUUUGCCCGGCGACGAACACCACCAGGACACUAGGAGUAAAACUAAAAUAUGGCUGCCUUGCCAUUGGCCACCGCUGAAGUAUGUGAUGCUAAUCCUCAUCUGAUUAUGAACGGCGAGCUCCGUGCUCUCCAGCCCAUCUUCCAAAUCUAUGGAAGGCGCCAAGUUUUCGCCGGCCCUAUUGUCACACUGAAGGUCUACGAGGACAAUGUUCUGAUCCGCGAGUUCCUUGAGGAGAAAGGCCACGGGAGAGUCCUUGUGGUUGACGGUGGUGGGAGCAUGCGCUGUGCCAUUCUUGGUGGCAACCCCGUCCAGCAGGCACAGAACAAUGGGUGGGCUGGUAUUCUUGUCAACGGCUGCAUCAGGGAUGUCGAUGAGAUCAAUGGCUGCGACAUUGGUGUGCGAGCUCUGAGCUCGCACCCUAUGAAGGCAAACAAGAAGGGGAUGGGGGAGAAGCAUGUCCCUGUCAACAUUGCUGGAACCAGGAUUUGCGAUGGCGAGUGGCUCUACGCCGAUACGGAUGGCAUUCUUGUCUCAAGGACUGAACUGACCGUGUAGAGCGGUCCUGGAGCCCAUCUGUAUGUGUGUAUAAGAAUCGGGCGCAUGAAAGCAGGGCUACUCCUGACCUUGCGCUCUUGCUGUUAAAGCCUGGGCUUGCAAUAACGGAUUCUUGCUGGAUCACACAUUUAUAUUUAUAUAUACUUAGAAUAAUCAAAUGCUUCCAUGGUUACAAGAUGUUCUUGGACUUUUUUUUUUUGAUCUUUGUGAACUUUCUACUCUGGUGAUGAAGUCUGUUCAACAUGAUUAAACUAGAUCCCCUUGUUGGUGCAGUUUUGAA